GGGUGGGUAUCCUGACCAGGUGCCAAGACUGACAGAGGGAGGGUACCUUCCAAGGGAAUAGCGUCCGACCUUCAAAGUUCUGGCAAGACUGCUGAAAAUUUCAAGGACCCCGGGUGUUCCCAGGGUCUCAGAUUUCUCAGUCACUGGCACCUAUCUCAGAUAAGAGAAACCAUAAAAUAACCCUGCUUGAACACACCAGCGCCUUAACUCUGUCCCUUCCCCGGAGGAAGUCGGUAGUGGAAGAAUGCCACCUAGAAGCUCAGGGGCUUUAGGACUUAAAACACUUGAGGCGAUAGGUUGGACAAAGAGGCCUAUUAGUGGUUAGUGACCUUACUGGACAGAUUUUAAGCUCUAAUUCCAGGUCAGUGAUUGAAAGCCAAAGGUGGGUUAUCUCAACUCAGUUGCAGUGUGUGUAAGAGAAUGGAGGAGCAAUUAGAGCCAUGAGUGAAACCUAUGGUAGUCGCCCAUGCACGUUCCAGGCACUUCUCCAGUAGUCCUGGAAGAAUUUCUUUAGAACGUCCAGCCUAAGAUUUCUGGUAAAAGACAUAUAAAGCCUACUGUGGCGCCGAGGGGUUGGGGCGGGCAGGUUUACAAAGCGGAGGGGCCUUAUGCAGGUGCCUUGGGUGGUUAAGGCCUGCAUUCUUGCUGGGAACAUGCCUUGUGGCGCCCAGGCUCACGUUUGGAUCCAGAAAUUACGUCUUCCUCUUCCAUCCUUUGCUUAGUGAUCUGGCGAGAAACCAGGUGUGUGUCAAAUGGACAGGGAGAGCAUAAUCCUCGCAGAAUUGAUGCCACUCAGUUCUCAGUUAAAAGUUUCUUCCUCUGAGCUCUGACUUAAGAUGGCAAGCGCGCGCCGGUCUGCUGGCGGCCCCUAGCGGCGCCCGGAGCCUUCACCCGCUGCAGACGCCGCUGUCUCCCCGCCCAGGUCCGCUGGGAUCGAGUUCAGCCUCUCCCACUGCAGGAGCUGUCGGAGGCCGCGUCGGUGAAACGCGCCUCUGUUCGGGUUGGAAAUGAAUCUGGGGACGUGUUAGAAGCGCGGUCAAGUUUGAGUCAUCGCUUUCCAAGGACAGUUAGUGCCUUCCAUCUUCAUUAACGUGAAUAAAGACCUUGGCUGACUUCUAUCCCGAUCGGAUUUUUGGAGCAUUGUUUGUUUGGGGAGAUCAUGCCUCUCCCCUCCCCCGCCAGCCUUUUUGCAAAGGCCAAGCCCAGUUCAGCCAGGAUGGCCGAGAGAUCUCCGCCCUGGGACUUGAUUUGCUGGUAUCGUCUGCGGGCCCUUCUGGAAGGAUGUCUCGACCCAGGCGCAUGGGGAGCGUCCCUUCUGCAACUCUUCAGAUCCUGAUGAUAAAACACAUCCCUCUAUUUUAUUGCAUUUCCUAGAAGCUUGCAGGCUCGCAAGAGCGCUUUUGGCAGGAAACGUGAUAGAAAUGAAAGUCAGGACAUAAUGUCCCCGAACACCUCCGUCACCCAAAGCGGCUCCUGAGGCUAUCGCUUUAUCAAUUUAGCUUUAAUCUACUGUCAUCGCCCCAGCGUUCCUUAGCCCCCUAGCCAAGACUGCGAAGAGUGUCCCCCCACCCCAAACAAAAACAGCUCGGCGGUUUGACCCCACCCGCAACUGCCCGACCCGGCUGACUAAAGCAGAGCAGCUGGUUCGUGGAGAGACGCCGCUGGGAGAGGGAGCGUUCCGGCGGGAGCCCUGAUGCGGGUUUCACUGCGGCAGCUCUAGCCUUAUUAAAAUUCCUUGUCCUUAUCCCUAAAUAGUGCUUUGCAUUUUCAGAUUCCCCUCUGGAGUUUCUGGCGAGUUAUUGGAGUUAUUAGAUUACCAAUAAUCCAAAGGCCAGCCUGGUUAGAGGAGGGGGAAGGGCUGAGGGCCCUUGUUCUUCAAAUCGGAAGACUCUGGCCAAAGUAGGUCAAUAGGAAGGAGGGCGGGGCGAGAACGGGAUUGCCGCUUGCGAGCCUUGAUGGAGGGCGCACCCUAGCGUUAGGCAGCGCUAAAAACACGGUUAGGUUUGAGCUCCCGGAACCACGGAACUCCGAGUUUCCAAUAAGUGCGUUUUCUUCAUCCCAACUUCCUAGAUUCUCAUCCCCAUCCAUAUUAAAUUUCACCUUUCCCUUUUGUCUUUAUCCCACCGGGAAAAGGGAUUAAAAAAAAUAAGCCUCCAAGUAGAAUUUUGAGGCCAAAGAGGCCCAAGCUUUGCAGACCUACUCUGACCCCGCCUCCGCCGCGGACGGCUUGCGCGGCGCAACGUGACACCACCCGCUCGGUUUAGGCCGGGACUGGCCUGUGAAGCUGCAUCUCAGCGACUCCCCCCAGCCCCCAACCCCCUGGCCGCAAUUCUCUGAAAGCGCCUCCCCAGCCACAGUACUGAGGACUAUAGGGGAUGCCACCCAGGGCUUCCGAUUCUCAGCCAGGCCACGGGAAAGCGAGGCAAUUUUGGAGCGCUCCAGUGAGCGCGUUGCGCUCGGCGCCCGGGCCUGUGCGCAGAGAUCUGACCAAGUCUCUAUGGUUUCGGGGAAAUUGGAUUUGGAAAUCCCGAAACCUGGCCAGGUUCGGCCUGGCAGCUCCUAUUCUUAAGACGUGGGACGGAAACCGAGCCUAGCUGAGUUCCCCUUCGUGCCAGCGUAGGCGGAAGGGGCUUUCGGUUUAGUUUUCCUCCAAGUAGGUUGAGAUGUGCAGGAUGGAGACCCUCGGCCUUUGGGACUCCCAUCUCUUUGGACUGGGCGUUUCGUCUAACCACUCCCUUACAUAGAGGUGGGGGAGGUGCAAGAACCAUCCCUCUCCCCCCCAAAAAAUGGGGAGUAAGAAACGACACACCAGGCGAACCAUCGCCCAAAUGGCAAAUCCCAACUUCUGGGUUCUGGACCUGGCUCCCUCCUGGUCUGACUUUCCUCCCCAUUUAUAUGCUGUGAGGAGAGGUCAGACUAGGUGAACCGAGUGUCCCGGCCUUGGCGCCGACGAGGGAUCUAGGGGAAAGUUUGUCGUGUUCUCUGCGAGCCUUCCCGGGCCGCCCCCUCCCUCCCUGGUGAAUCCCCGGCGGCCGGCGCGGGGCAGGCUGCGAUCCUGGCGGCCGCCGGGGGCCGGCAGCUUCCUGGAAAGUUACUUCUGGUUGGAGUCGGCGAUAGGCAGCGCGUUCUCUGAAAUCCGCAGAGCGGAGAUCGGCGCCGUUCCGGGAAUGAGAGGGCUGUGCCAUUCCCCUCACUGCCCCCUGCCUUGACGGCGUAACAGGAAAAAAAAAAAGGCAUACAGACAAUGUUAGCUACCGAGGUGCACGAAAAGUUUUAUUUCAAUGGAACUAAAUUAAGAGCCACUACGGUUAUACCGCGGGGCUUCCGCCGCGUCUGCGGGGGCUUCGAGGCGAAUGGGCGACGGUGCCCGCCGAUCGCCCGGGGGUGGGCGGUCCCUGGAAGACAGAUUUUAAGCAACACUUUGGACUGUGAAGCAAGGCCUUGGGUGAAGACAAUAUGGCCUCGCCGGCUGACAGCUGUAUCCAGUUCACCCGCCACGCUAGUGAUGUUCUCCUGAACCUUAACCGCCUCCGGAGCCGUGACAUCUUGACUGAUGUUGUCAUUGUGGUGAGCCGGGAGCAGUUCAGAGCCCAUAAGACAGUACUCAUGGCCUGCAGCGGUCUGUUCUACAGCAUCUUCACGGACCAGUUGAAAUGCAACCUCAGUGUCAUCAACCUUGACCCUGAGAUCAACCCGGAGGGGUUCUGCAUCCUCCUGGACUUCAUGUACACAUCGCGGCUCAAUCUGCGGGAAGGCAACAUCAUGGCCGUGAUGGCCACAGCCAUGUACCUGCAGAUGGAGCAUGUCGUGGAUACCUGCCGGAAGUUCAUCAAGGCCAGUGAGGCGGAGAUGGUUCCUGCCAUCAAGCCUCCCCGCGAAGAGUUCCUGAACAGUCGGAUGCUCAUGCCCCAGGACAUCAUGGCCUAUCGGGGCCGUGAGGUGGUGGAGAAUAACCUGGCACUGAGGAACGCCCCUGGGUGUGAGAGCAGAGCCUUUGCCCCGAGCCUGUACAGCGGCCUGUCCACACCACCAGCCUCUUACCCCAUGUACAGCCACCUCCCAGUCAGCAGCUUCCUCUUCUCUGACGAGGAGCUCCGUGAUGCCCGGAUGCCUGUGGCCAACCCCUUCCCUAAGGAGCGGGCCCUCCCCUGCGAUAGUGCCAGGCCAGUCCCUGGUGAGUACAGCCGGCCAGCCAUGGAAGUGUCCCCCAGUGUGUGCCACAGCAGCCUCUACUCACCCAAGGAGGCGGUCCCGGAAGAGGCACGCAGUGACAUGCACUACAGUAUGGCUGAGGGCCACAAGCCUGCUGCCCCCUCGGCCCGGAAUGCCCCAUACUUCCCCUGUGACAAGGCCAACAAAGAAGAAGAGAGACCCUCCUCAGAGGAUGAGAUUGCCCUGCACUUCGAGCCCCCCAAUGCACCCCUGAACCGGAAGGGCUUGGUUAGUCCCCAGAGCCCCCAGAAAUCCGACUGCCAGCCCAACUCACCCACAGAGUCCUGCAGCAGCAAGAAUGCCUGCAUCCUCCAGGCCUCUGGCUCCCCUCCGGCUAAGAGCCCGACCGACCCCAAAGCCUGCAACUGGAAGAAGUACAAGUUCAUUGUGCUCAAUAGCCUCAACCAGAAUGCCAAACCAGAGGGGCCUGAGCCGGCUGAGCUGGGCCGCCUUUCCCCGCGCGCCUACACUGCCCCGCCGGCCUGCCAGCCGCCCAUGGAGCCUGAGAACCUCGACCUCCAGUCCCCCACCAAGCUCAGCGCUAGCGGGGAGGACUCUACCAUCCCACAAGCAAGCCGGCUCAAUAACAUUGUUAACAGGUCCCUGACAGGGUCCCCCCGCAGCAGCAGUGAGAGCCACUCGCCUCUCUACAUGCACCCUCCCAAGUGCACAUCCUGUGGGUCCCAGUCCCCGCAGCAUGCGGAGAUGUGCCUGCACACUGCUGGCCCCACGUUCCCUGAGGAGAUGGGAGAGACCCAGUCUGAGUACUCGGAUUCCAGCUGUGAGAACGGGGCCUUCUUCUGCAAUGAGUGUGACUGCCGCUUCUCUGAGGAGGCCUCCCUCAAGAGGCACACGCUGCAGACCCACAGUGACAAACCCUACAAGUGUGACCGCUGCCAGGCCUCCUUCCGCUACAAGGGCAACCUCGCCAGCCACAAGACCGUCCAUACGGGCGAGAAACCCUAUCGUUGCAACAUCUGUGGGGCCCAAUUCAACCGACCAGCCAACCUGAAAACCCACACUAGAAUUCACUCUGGAGAGAAGCCCUACAAAUGCGAAACCUGCGGAGCCCGAUUUGUACAGGUGGCUCACCUCCGUGCCCAUGUGCUCAUCCACACUGGUGAGAAGCCCUAUCCCUGUGAAAUCUGUGGUACCCGUUUCCGGCACCUUCAGACUCUGAAGAGCCACCUGCGAAUCCACACAGGAGAGAAACCUUACCAUUGCGAGAAGUGUAACCUGCAUUUCCGUCACAAAAGCCAGCUGCGACUUCACUUGCGCCAGAAGCACGGUGCCAUCACCAACACCAAGGUGCAGUACCGCGUGUCUGCCACGGACCUGCCUCCGGAGCUCCCCAAAGCCUGCUGA